AUGUCCAACAGCAGCUCCUUCAAUGAGUUCCUCCUCCUGGCAUUCUCAGACACUCGGGAGCUGCAGCUCUUGCACUUCUCCCUGUUCCUGGGCAUCUACCUGGCUUCUCUCCUAGGUAACGGCCUCAUCAUCACAGCCAUAGUCUGUGACCACCACCUCCACACUCCCAUGUUCUUCUUCCUCCUCAACCUCUCUGUUCUGGACCUUGGCACCAUCUCCACCACUGUCCCCAAAUCCAUGGCCAAUUCCCUCUGGAACACCAGCGCCAUUUCCUAUUUGGGAUGUGCUGCCCAAGUCUUUCAUUUUACCUUUCUUUUGUCAACUGAGUAUUCAGUUCUCACUGUCAUGGCCUAUGAUCGCUAUGUUGCCAUCUGCAGACCCCUGCACUAUGGGACCCUCAUGAACCACAGGGCUUGUGUCAGAAUGGCAGCAGCUGCCUGGGCCAGUGGGUUUCUCAAUGCUUUCCUGCACACUACUAACACAUUUUCCAUACCCCUCUGCCAAGGCAACACAGUGGACCAGUUCUUCUGUGAAAUCCCCCAGAUCCUCAAGCUCCUCUGUGCAGGCUCCUACUUCAGGGAAGCUGGAGCUCUUGUAGUUACUAUUUGUUUAGUCUUUGGGUGUUUCAUUUUCAUUGUGCAGUCCUAUGUGCAGAUCUUCACUGUUGUGCUGAGGAUCCCCUCUGAGCAGGGCCGGCACAAAGCCUUUUCCAUGUGCCUCCCACACCUGGCCGUGGUCUCCCUGUUUGUCGGUACUGUCAUCUUUGCCUACCUGAAGCCCCCCUCCAUCUCUUCCCCAUUUCUGGAUCUGGUGUUGUCUGUUCUGUAUGCGGUGGUGCCUCCAGCAGUGAACCCCCUCAUCUACAGCAUGAGGAACAAGGAGCUCAAGAAUGCACUGAAGGAAUUCACUCCGCUGGUACUACUUCAGCAGCAAUAA